AUGGCGGCCCCAUCCCCACCGUCAACUCCCAACCUCGACCCCCCUUUCCGAGGAUACAUAGAAUCCACCUUCGAUGCUUUGCUUGUGUUCGAAGCCGCUAGAAGGGGAAUGAUACCCCGAGUCACUCGGAGGCUCAUCGAAAGGGAAAGGGGAAUGGUACAAUCCGGCGCUGUGUUCGUUUUCGACGAGCAUGAGAGUGGAAUUAAGAGAUGGACAGAUGGGUUGGUAUGGAGCCCUAGUAGAAUAUUGGGUAAUUUCUUGAUAUACCGAGAGGUGGAUAAACAAGCCGGGGAAGGAACUCCCACCAAACCCUCUUCUACUUCACCACCCUCCGACUCACCUGGCGCCAGUGGCAGUACUCCUCUUGCUAGACCGAACACUUCCACCGCAGGCAUGACUUCUCAAGGCUACGAUUCGCCCUCUGGUAUUGGUCGUGUACAACCUAGCGUGAUGGAUGCUCCAUCAUCAUCGGCUCAAGGCUACGCUCAACCUCCUCCUCCUCUUGGUCAAGGUGCUUUACUUAGAUCUAGAAGUGCAAGUGAAGGCGGAGGAGGAUUGGACAGAAACAAGGAGAGGCAAUUAGUAGGAAGUCUGACCAACAGCUACAAAUUCAGGUCAAAUGGUUUGGUGAAGAAAACUAUGUCCGUUUCUGUCAACGGAUUUGCUCAACAUAUGGUUUCGUAUUACACUGUUCAAGAUGUGAUGACUGGCAAACUCCGAUCUCCUUCGCAGAUCCCAGAAUUGAGUUCUCUUGAAAUUAGUCAAGAAUAUUUGAGCAAGCAAAACUUUCGCUUCCCACCAGCUUGCGACAUACUACCCGAUGGAACCUAUGUAUAUCGAAGCGAAGGUGAAGUACCGGAGUCACCAACAUCUCCAUCUAGUCAAUAUGCCUUUCAGUCCUUUCCUCCCUCCUCAUCUCGACCAAACACAGAUUACUACGAAACCAUGUAUCCCCAAAUGACAUCUCACGCUCCUCGAACUGGUUCACCACGAAAUCGAUCGGUGACUGUGCCUAUGCAAAUCCCUCUCCCAGCCCAUACCCAAUCAAUGAGCGGAUCUUACGCUGGACCAAGCAGUCACGGAUCAACGUCAUAUUACGAUUCACCUACAGUAGGAUCGAUGCAUUAUGCACCAUCUAUCGCCAGACAAAAUUCAAAUAGCUCAAUUCAAUCUUCUGCAUCUGGGGCUAUCCGACCUGGAAGCUCCAGUAGACGAUUCGACCCCUAUGGAUCUGGACCUGGGUCAGCUACAAGUCCAAGACUAUCAGGUGGAAUGCAAUUCGCCUCGCAUAAUCCUCAUCGACGUCAAUCUCAACCCAUUCCGCCUGAGAAUCUCUACUCGCAACCCGGCGGUACCUCGUAUGAUAUCAAGCCCGAUCUAUACAACUACAACCCACCAUCAACAGCGCCCAGCAGUUUCUCCUCGUUCUAUCCUGAUGGGCAAGGGCCAGGUCCUUCUCACCAUCAUCAUCAACAACAACAACAACAACAACAACAUGCCCAUAUACAAUCUCCAAUAACGUCACCUACUGCACCUACUUUUGCAGCGACACCUACACAUGGAUACGCGGCUUGGCAACCGGUUCCCGUUCCCAACACACAAGGCGUACCUUCCAAUUCGACUUCACGGUUACUGCCUACCGCAGGAAGAACAGACUUUGUUAACAAUCCUCCUUCAUCCUCUGGCUCCGGUUCGACCACAGCCAGUACCGGUAGACCAAAUACGUCUAUGAAUGGAUCGUCCGCGCCUAUCAGUCAUGACGCAUGGAACAACGUGAAUGAAUCGACUGCAACAGGUGGUGUGUGGGAUAGUAUCAGUCAAACCAACAAUAACGGUCAAAAUCAGAAUGCAACCCAGAAUCAGAAUUACAUUCAUACCCAACAUGACGACUGGACGAGAUCCAACACUGGAACAAUUUCUUAG